AUGAGUGACGGGCGAAAAAGGCUAAGUGGAGCAGGUUACCGAAAAAAUGCAAAAAUUAGGCGUGAAAAACAAGCCAGGGAGCUUGAACAGACAGGAAAAAUUGAACUGUUUUUCGCGAAACCUGUGGCUUCUUCUAAAACUGAGCAGGGUGAGGAGGUAGUUGAAGAUUUAACUGCUGACAUCUGUGAAACUGAUGUUGCUACAUGCAGUUAUGAUACUUCACUAGCUACCAGUAGUACUAGUAUUGCCAGAGAAACUGAGACUUCUGAAUCAGGUCCUUCGAAUUCAGUAGAAUUUGAUGAUCCUUUUGUACAAAUAGGAGUGAGCUCUGACCCUGCUGAAUGGGUUUUAAAUGAUUGCACCAGAGACCAUGUGGCUAAACAUGGAAUAAUUCAAAAUGAGAAUCUGGACUUUACACAGUCGAGAAGGAUGUAUGCUGACCAUUCUAGGUUGCUAACUAAACACCUUUUUGAAAAAGAAAACUUUAAUGGAGAGAAACAAAAAAGGACCUAUUUGGUUUACUCCAAAAGCAAAGGAGUGUUUUGUGCUCCAUGUCGUUUGUUUGGUGGCAAAUCCCAGUUGGCAGAAAGUGGCUUCAAUGACUGGAAAAAUGGCACGGCUCGAUUAAAUGAACACGAGCGUUCAGCUGAACACAAAUCCUGUGUGCUAUCUUUAAAAUCAAGAGCAUGUACACUGGGGAGAAUUGAUGAAAGUCUUACCAAGCAGCGUUCUGAUGAAAUUCAAUAUUGGAGAAAUGUUUUAAAAAGAGUUGUUGCUGCAGUUAAGGCACUUGGCACUCGAGGACUUGCUUUCAGAGGGAAAGAUGACCGUUUUGGUUCCACACACAACGGAAACUACAUGAUGAUGUUCGAAUUUCUGUCAGAAUUUGACCCAUUUAUAGCAGAACACAUUGCCGUUACGGCAGUGCAGGAAAAGGAGUCACAUCUUACCUCUCAUUCACUACCUGUGAGCAGUUUAUUCAGCUUAUGGCAGAUUCUGUUACAAAGCAGAUAGUUAAGGAGGCAAAGGCUGCUAAAUAUUACUCUAUCAGUGUUGAUUCAACACCUGAUAGCUCCCACACGGAUCAGCUGGCCUUCAUCUUAAGGUAUGUCAAGGAAGAUGGCUUACCGGUUGAGCGCGUUCUACGUUUUAUUCCAAAUCCUGGACAUAAAUCGGAACAACUGGCUGAAGUGGUCCUCACCACUCUUAAGUCAUAUGAUCUUGAUAUUGCCAACUGUCGUGGUCAAUCAUAUGACAAUGCAAGCAAUAUGUCUGGCCAUUAUAGAGGACUGCAAGCCAGAAUUCUGGAAAGAAACCCACUUGCUGUGUAUAUUCCAUGCUCUGCACACUCUUUGAAUUUAGUAGGAAAGCAUGCUGCUGAAAGUUGUCCUGGAGCCUGUUCAUUCUUUGGUCUCCUACAAUACCUUUACAUUUUUUUUUACUGCUUCCACUCACAGAUGGGAGAUUUUACAAGAACAUUUAUCAUCUGUGCCAAACACUCUAGCGGUAAAGAGAUUAUCUGACACACGGUGGUCAGCCAGGGAAGAUGCCUGUCGAAGCUUAAAUCGAAAAGUAAUCAAAGCUUUAACAAAAAUUAAGGAAAUUACCACAGAGGCACCAGGAACCUGCAAGCAAGCUGAAGGUCUUCUGAAUAAAAUACAGCAUCUGGAGACUGCACUUAUGAGUGGUUUGUGGGGUACUAUCUUGGAUAGAUUUGGUGCAGUUAGCAAAAAACUCCAAAGCAUUGGCAUUGAUGUUGGAAUUGUAGGGGAGCUGUAUGAGUCACUGAUCUAG